GAUAAAGUUGCCUGCAGCUGGACUUUGGGUCUACAGCAGUGACUGUUGCUGCUUUGAGCUCACAGUCUGUUUAUGGGAUAAAGCAGGACCGGGGAAAAACAAGGAUAUAAUCAGUGGAAGAGUUUGUGAAACAAGGAAUAAAAAGGAGAAGUGGAUCAUGAGAAUAGAUGUCGUCUUUCCUGGGGUUAGAUUUCACAAAAUGAGAAACCACUGCACUACUGCAGGGCGCAAGCAACAGAGCAAGAAUGCCGUCUGCUAGCACCAUGACUGGCGGGAGAGCAUUACUGCUCUGUACGAACACAGAGGACUGCACCGACCAAUCAGCUAACGGGCUCCACUGCUGCGGGCUGAAGCUCGACCAGGCACAGUCUGUGGUUCUUCCGCUGCCAGACCUGUGUGGGGUUGGGGACAGUCUCACGUCUCUGAGAAACCUCAACCAAAGCCCGGGAGACACCAUCAUGCUUGCUCACAAUGGGCCCUCCAAUCCUCGGCCCACUGAGAAUGGCCUGAACGGUUGUAACAAGUCCUCAAGGACUCCCUCAGGUCUCAAAAGUACGGCCAGCAUUCGGGACAAGAUCUCCCAAUGGGAAGGUAAAACAGAGACCACCGUGACAACGCCCCAAACCACAGGACUUAAAGAAACGGAAAAUGUGAAGAAGGUCCAGAAUGAGGUACAAAGGAAAGACAGCAAGAGAGUUUUAAACAGGGAGAGAAAGAACUCUGGCAAAGAAAAAGGAAGCAAGUUUGGAGAAUCUCAACACACUCCUGAGGGACCUUCGAAGGACAAAGAAUGUAUUUCAGAAAAAGCCCCAUUGGGGAACACGUCAGAAACCUGUAAGGAUAAGAAGUCAGUAUUGACACACAUAAAAAAACUUGAGCAAGCCAUGAAGGAGACUCCUUCCAUGUUAUCCUUGGCAAUGCCAGGCAAUUAUUUCUGCCCGGCUUCCAAGGAGGAACAGGAGGAGAUGGAGAAGAGGGGGGUGGAACCGAUCUUCGGGAUUCUAGACGUUGUGAGCAGCCGACCUGGCAGCCGUCAAGGUCGAGACCCUGAGAACGUCUACAGUGAACCUGGAGUGCCUUCUAUUAACCCUUUACCAAAACCCCAAAGAACCUUUCAACACCACAAGCAGACAAACAACCCCACGGCCAUCAAGGGUAGACGGAAUCUACCCCCUUUACCUUUCAUACCUGCCCCACCACUUCCAUCCUGCCCUCCACCUCCAGGGGUUUGUAGAAGACCAUCAGGACGAGCUCGAGACAGUAACAACAGGAAAUCUUAUGAGUUUGAGGAUCUUCUACAGUCAGCGGCGGAGGGUUGUCGAGCGGAUUUGUAUGAGCUAUCUAAGCUAGGACUCACUCGCACUUUAUCGGAAGAAAACGUCUAUGAGGAUAUCCUAGAUCCUCCAUCGAAGGAGAACCCAUAUGAAGAUAUAGAGUCGGAAAUUCGAUGUCUUGGGAGCAAGCAUCCUGUUCCCUCGUACCCUUCCUCCCCUAUUCCCGACACACCAUCCAAGCUCUCCUCUAAGCCUGGAUUCUUCAGACAGAACUCUGACGGACGUAGUUUCAAGCUCCUGGAACUACGCAAGACAGGUAGAGACGGUGGCAUGGUUUCCCCAUCGCGAGUCAGCCCUCCAUCAACGCCCAGCAGCCCUGAUGAUACCCCGUGCCUGUCGGGCGACCCCUACAACCGGAGACGCAGAAAAAUUCCAAAGAUGGUGCAAAAAAUCAACGGCAUCUUUGAGGUCCGACGGGGGAAGAAGAAGAUGAAGAGGGUCUCGCAGUCAGCCGAGUCCAGUUCGGGAAGAGUGACUGACGAAAACAGCGAGUCCGAAAGUGACACGGAGGAGAAACUGAAAGCUCACAGUCAGCGACUUGUGUCGGUUCAGUCUAUGUUGAGGCAAACCGGUCGAUAUCGGACUCUGGAGCGAGACUUGAUGGAACUUCAGGAGAGGAAGUUAUUCGAGUACUUCCUUGUUGUGGCCCUUCAUAAGAUGAAAGCAGGUGUACCGUAUUUCCCAGAAGUCACGCAACAGUUCCCGCUCAAGUUGGAGCGCAGCUUUAAGUUUAUGCGCGAGGCUGAAGACCAGCUGAAAGUCAUCCCACAAUUCUGUUUUCCUGACGCGAAGGACUGGACACCUGUGGACAGUUUCCCCAGUGAGACCUUCUCGUUCGUCUUAACUGGAGAAGAUGGGAGUCGUAGAUUUGGCUACUGUCGACGUUUACUGCCCAGUGGUAAAGGGAGGCGUUUACCUGAAGUCUACUGUAUUGUGAGCAGAUUGGGCUGUUUUGAUCUGUUUUCGAAGAUCCUGGAUGAGGUGGAGAAGAGACGAGCCAUCUCUCCUGCGCUGGUCCAGCCGUUCAUGAGAGGAAUCAUGGAAGCGCCGUUUCCAGCACCCGGCCGGACCAUCAGCAUUAAGAACUUUCUUCCGGGCUCAGGAACAGAAGUGAUUGAAUUGUGUCGCCCGUCAGAUUCCCGUUUGGAGCACGUGGAUUUUGAGUGUUUGUUCUCUUCUCUGAGUUUGCGUCUGCUUCUGCGAGUGUUUGCUUCUCUUCUGCUGGAGCGAAGGGUGAUCUUCACCGCUGACAAACUCGGUACUCUCUCUAAGUGUUGUCAUGCCAUGGUGGCAUUGCUUUACCCGUUCACCUGGCAACACACAUACAUCCCAGUUCUCCCACCUGCCAUGAUGGACAUUGUGUGUACUCCAACACCAUUCAUCGUUGGGCUGCUGUCGAGCUCUCUGGCCCGUUUAAAAGAGCUCCCCCUAGAGGAGGUCCUGGUGGUUGACCUUGGCAACAGUCGUAUCCUGCGGCAGAUGGACGAUGAAGACUCUAUUCUUCCUCAUAAACUCCAGUCUGCUCUGGAACAUGUUCUAGAGAAGAGAAAGGAUUUGGCCUGUGAUGUAGCGGAAAAUCCAAGCGAUCCCUGUUCUCUGAGCACUGUGGUGUCUGAGGCGUUUGUGCGAUUCUUUGUGGAAAUCGUUGGUCAUUAUGCGUUGUUUAUGGGCGGCAGCGACCGUGAUGAAGAAUCCUCAGCCUCAUCAUCCUCCUCUCCAACUCCAUCAUCGUUCCAGCGAGAGGCGUUCCGUAAGGCCGUGUCCUCCAAAAGCCUGCGGAGAUUCCUGGAGGUCUUCAUGGAGACGCAGAUGUUUGCCGGGUUUGUGCAGGAGAAAGAGUUCCGGCGGCAGGGCCUGAAAGGGUUAUUUGAAGUGAGAGCUCAGGACUACCUCGAUUCUCUGCCAGGCAGCGAGAACAGAGGCGUCAACAAGUUCCUCAAAGGUUUAGGACACAAAAUGAAGUUUCUCUCCAAAAAGUGAAAAGCAGCCACUAGCCAUGUAGACUCUCAUCAGAACGACUGACCCAAAACAACCCUACAGGACGGGCUACAAAGACCAAUAGCAAUGUUGUAGUGGAAAAACAUCAGAACACUUCAAACUGACCGAGUCCAUUUAAAUCCCCCAAACCACCACAUCAUAAGAGGACACUUGGUGCCCGUUUCUGUGUUUUUAUGUACAUUAGAUUACACGUGCGUUAAAGUGGUUGUUUAAGAAAAUAAAACAUGCAUUUAAGGGUUCCCAAAGUCGUUAUGAAACCCCAAUAAAGAAGCGGUCAGGCGCAGUUGUGGGUCCAACUGUGAAUUUUCUGUGCAUAUUUCUCUCUCUUAUUUCCUACAAAAUGCAUUUUAUUUUAAAAAGAUAGAGUACAACUUCUGAAACAGGAGGCUAUAAAUUAAUUUAUAUACUUUCUAGAAUUAAUAAGACCUUUUUGAUGAAGUUAAAUCAAAUCUAUAUAUUAAUAAAUAAAUAAAUAAAUAUGUAUAUAUGUGUGUUGUUAGUUUGUUAUUUAUCGUUAUAUGUUACAGACUUAUGGGCUGUUGACCACUUUGGGUUUCCGGGAAACACGUGACUGUGAUUGAAGAAUUGAGUUUUGUUCUGGGUUAGAAACAGGGAAUAUCUAGAAUCUUGGAACUGCGGGAUCGGAACUGUUCUAGAAGGAAAAGGAAAUGUCACAAUGCUGUUGACCAAAACCAGGACAGAGUUGGAGAUUGGAGAUGUUCUCUUAAGUACAUUUCAGGAACAUCACUAGUGUUACUUUGAACUAGAUUUUUUUUUAAAGUGUGCACAAUAAAGAGUUUAA